UUUUCGAUACUCACUUGUUAUGAAACUACAGUGCUGCUGUCGUGGUUAGGUUGAGAAAUACUUAUUCAUGCGCAAUUUGCGUGUGUUUGUUGGUGUUUGUGUUGUAGUUUGUUUGGUAGGGCAUUAAUUAGCUGCAUAGUAUAUUUGUGAGGCGAGUGUAGUUCAUCAUGAAUGCCCCUCCCACAUUCGAAUCAUUUCUUCUAUAUGAAGGAGAAAAAAAAAGAAAGAUUCAAGGAAGCAAUCAAGGAGAAGAAAGAUGGUUUGGAUUGAAAAGUAACCAGAAAUAUGUUGGAAAAGAUUCCCAUUGUUUUGAUGUCACUCGUUUUAUUGAACAAAAUUUGGUGGAGUGGGUGACCCUUGGGCCUGACGAGGACAAUCUUCUGUGUCGUGAAGAUCAAACUGAUCGCAUAUAUCACAGAAUAAUCGGGGUGGCACUACCCUUUUCAGUGUACUUGCCUCGUCACAGCCUCUGCAAGCUGCUGCUUCAGAAUGGAUACUUGGCUUUCAAGUACAAUAUUCCAUCAUAUAAAACAUUUCAAGCAUUUUCUACA